CUUUUCACUUUUCAGUUGAGCGUUUUUGGUUGAGAGCGUUCAAUGAUUCUGUGUAGGAAGGUUGAAGAACAGGAAAUCCAUCCGUUUAAAUCUCGUGGUUCUCAAAAUCGAUUCGUAGGCUUUCCUAUGCCAAUCUCUAUUUACCCAUUAUUUAUUUUCUUAAAAUUUAAUUAUUAUUUGUUAAAAAAAAAAAAUUGGUUGGUUGGUCUGGGAAUUUCGGACUCCACCCGAUUGUCCCGCUCGCCUUAAAGACCGAUUUUGCAGCUCGUCCGGUCGUGAGUUGUAAGCUCUACAUCUCUAUAGGCAUUCUUUUAUUUCUUUUAUUUUUUUUUCUUUUUUGUUAUUAUUGCCUGUAAAUUGUGUAUUUUGCUGGAUUCAACGAGUUUGUUUGGGUUCGGUUGCUUUGAGGAUUAUGUAGUUUUUUCAUGCUUUCAUUUGAUUUUUGGUUCUUUCUGUUUGAAUAAGUUUGGAAUUUCUAUUUGGGUAAUGUUGCUUGAUUCUGAUUGUUGGCUGGGACACUGGGUGUUCUUUCCCAUCUGGUUUUGUAAUUUGCAGAUUGGUUUGUAGUGGGUUGUACAUUGUAUGAGGUUCGGCAAUCGAUUUUGAUUGAUUGGGUUCAUUCUUUACCAAUAAUGGAUCUUUUUUAUUUUUCUUUGUUUGGGGGAUAAUAGGGGGCAGCUAGGUGGGGGUGUUGUUUGUAUGUUGAGGUAAUCUUGUUAAAUCUGAUCUGGGUUUAAAUUUCUGUUGAGGGUUUGAUGCAUUUGAUGUCGCUGUGUGUUUCUAAUGGGAAUUCAAGUUGUUGGGAAUGGAAGUUUCUAAUGCAUUCUUCAGGGAACGUAGAAAAGAUGAAGAGAAGGACAAAAUUUUAGCUACUAUCUUGAAGGUUUUGCUACAAGGAAUUAAGGGGUUUGCUGUGAAAAAAGUGUAAGAUGGGGAGGGUAAAGCUAAAGAUAAAGAGAUUGGAAAAUACCAGUGGUCGACAAGUGACCUACUCGAAAAGGAGGGCUGGGAUCUUGAAGAAAGCUAAGGAGCUAUCAAUAUUGUGUGAUAUAGACAUUGCCCUUCUCAUGUUUUCACCAACCGGCAAGGCUACUUUGUGCCUUGGAGAAAGAAGUACCAUUGAAGAUGUCAUAUCGAAGUUUUCCCAACUCACUCCACAGGAAAGGGCAAAAAGGAAGUUGGAGAGCCUUGAAGCACUAAAGAAAACUUUUAAGAAAUUGGAUCAUGACGUAAAUAUUCAAGACUUUCUGGGUACGAGCACCCAAACAAUUGAGGAAUUGACUAAUCAAUCAAGACUAUUGCAAGCUCAACUGUCUGAAGUACACAAGAGACUAAGCUAUUGGACUCAUCCAGAUAAGAUCAAUGACCUAGAGAAUCUUGGGGCUCUGGAAGAAUCUCUCAAGGAAUCAGUUAACCGAAUUCGAACACAUAAGGAAAUUUUCAGAAGGCAACAAUUGAUGAGUCUGGAAUGUGCUAGUCAGUUUCAGAAUGGGAUACAUUUACCCCUGGGAAUGGGAAAUGAGCAGCAACCACAACCAAUAUCAUGGCUUCCCAGUAAUGACAAUCAACAUAUAAUGUUGCCAGAGGACCCAAACCUACUUCCUCAGAGAGAUCUGGAAUGCUCAACAGAUCCCUCUCUUCCGAGCUACUCUGGUUAUUUUUGCACGGGCAAACAAACAGAUGUUGACAGUUCAGUGCAAGAAGGUGGUGCCAUGAAUGAGUUGAGCAGAAAUGCAUGCCUGAGGCUACAACUAGGUGGGCAAUACUCGUACCCACCUUACAGUCUCAAUUUGCUGAGUGAAAAGAAAUAUAAGCAUGACGCAGAGAUGAACAUACAAGGAGACCCAGUGGAUUAUCAAGUUAAUAAUGGCUUUGAACCUGCUAGGCCAGGUUAUGACCCCAAUCAGGGAAGUUGGGCUUCUACAUCUGGUUCUUGUCCUGAUGGCAUGUUCGAUGGCCAUUCUUAUCCACAGCCAAAUGGAGUUUAGAAGUCAUGUUCAUUUAUGACUUUGAGUUGUGUAGCCCAAGGACAUACUUCUCCACCAAAAUUGGGUAUAUGGAACCCAAAGACCAAGCGGUUGUUGAUGUUGAAAAAGGCUCUCAAUCAUCAGAGACAGCAUAUGAAAUUAUGGGCAGCUAGUGCAACUAUUGUACGUGUACAUUUAUCUAGUGCAGCAGAGACCAAAAGGGUGCCAAUUUGGUCUUUUUGAGCCACCAAAUCUGGAAUAUUGUAUAGUAACUCAUAUAUAACAGAAUUUUCAAUCAAUUUUUGUCAUCAUUUUCUUUACAAUUUUACUUAUAACAGAGGAGGUAGAGGUUGUUCCCUCCUUCAUUCUUUCUCAUUAACAUGAGCUGUAAAUUGGAUUCAUAGUAAUAACAGUGACUCAGAUAAUUAAAUAUUUGCAUUCUUUUAGUUUUCUUGUAAA